AUGAUUAUUACACCUGAAUAUAUAAAAAACCUUGAUCAAACUCAACCUCAUCAAUCUUGUCAACUUUGUUUAAAAUUUCUUCAAUAUUUUCUCGAUCAUCACGUUCCAUCUCAAGCCAAGAAUGAAAAAAAUCAUUUCGAAUGUGCAGAAUGCAACAACAAAGUAUUUGGUGAUGCAUUUGCAAUACAUCAACAUAAACGCGAUAAACACGGAAUAAGUGUUUGCAAAGUAUGUGCAAAAGAAGUCAAAAAUCUCAAAGGGUUUUUAUGUGAAGAACACGAUGCCGAUAAAGAGAAGAAAGGAGAAG